AUGGCUCUUCCCGCGGUUGCCAGACCAACCGUCGAGGAAUGUGGCUCGCGGGUGUCAAUCUUCGGCACGACCGCCGCCGACCGGGAAGAGCCCAUACCACUGGCCAUGCUUCAGGGUUCAAAUAGGGGACCACCGAGCCACGAUCCGGAUCGCAUGCCAAUAGCCAUGCAGAUCCCCCUCAGAGUCUUGGUAUAG